AUGAGUAGAGGUUCACUUGAUUUCACCAAGUACACGGCUGUACCAGCCUCGACUGUGUUCUGCGGAUCUCAGGUUCUUCCUCAGUUCUCUCAAAUUGUCAACUCCUGUAUGAUUCUGUUACCCGAGAGAACGGCCGGGAGAGGAGCUGACAGUCCAGCUGUUUUCUCAGGAGUGCAAGCCUCUGAUACUUUCGACAUUGCUCCUAAUUACUAUGGCAACCCUAAUUCUCCUGGUAAACCUGCAGUUGCUCCUAAUUACUAUGGCAACCCUAAUUCUCCUGGUAAACCUGCAGUUGCUCCUAAUUACUAUGGCAACCCUAAUUCUCCUGGUAAACCUGCAGUUGCUCCUAAUUACUAUGGCAACCCUAAUUCUCCUGGUAAACCUGCAGUUGCUCCUAAUUACUAUGGCAACCCUAAUUCUCCUGGUAAACCUGCAGUUGCUCCUAAUUACUAUGGCAACCCUAAUUCUCCUGGUAAACCUGCAGUUGCUCCUAAUUACUAUGGCAACCCUAAUUCUCCUGGUAAACCUGCAGUUGCUCCUAAUUACUAUGGCAACCCUAAUUCUCCUGGUAAACCUGCAGUUGCUCCUAAUUACUAUGGCAACCCUAAUUCUCCUGGUCAACCUACACUUGCUCCUAAUUACUAUAGCAACCCUAAAUCUCCUGGUCAACCUGCAGUUGCUCCUAAUUACUAUAGCAUCCCUAAAUCUCCUGGUCAACCUGCAGUUGCUCCUAAUUACUAUGGCAUCCCUAAAUCCACUGCUCAACCUACAGUUGCUCCUAAUUACUAUAGCAUCCCUAAAUCUCCUGGUCAACCUACAGUUGCUCCUAAUUACUAUAGCAUCCCUAAAUCUCCUGGUCAACCUGCAGUUGCUCCUAAUUACUAUAGCAACCCUAAAUCUCCUGGUCAACCUGCAGUUGCUCUUAAUUACUAUGGCAACCCUAGAUCUCCUGGUCAACCUGCAGUUACUCAUAAUUAUUACAGCAACCCUAAAUCUCCUGGUCAACCUGCAGUUGCUCCUAACUACUAUAACAACCCUAAAUCUCCUGGUCAACCUGCAGUUGCUCCUAAUUACUAUAGCAACCCUAGAUCUCCUGGUCAACCUGCAGUUGCUCCUAAUUACUAUAGCAACCCUAAAUCCACUGCUCAACCUACAGUUGCGCCUAAUUACUAUAACAAGCCUGCAGUAUUCCAAUUUCCUCCUGUUCCAAGCAAUGGUAUCCCCGGGCAAGUAACCCGAUCUGACGAAGCAACCUCCCCUGCACAGAGACCUUGUUCUAGUGUGCUCAGUUCUACGCCACUCUCAGUACCAAACAUCAGCAGCUCACCUAGUACGGAGAGUAGUCAAGUCUCCUCCAGAUUCAACACUGUUACCUGCAGGUUCCCUAGCCCGGCUGUCUCAACUGUACCAGAGGAGCCUUCCAGUCCUGGAAGUGGUCACCCUUCAGCGUUUCAGAGUGUCCAGGUGGAUCGAGCUCAUCACGGUAACCUUGGAAACUCUGAUGGUUUAAACGAUUCUAUGCAAAAUCUCAAUAUGGCCCCUUCCUUUCUUAACCACGAAGCUUAUUCUCCUCGACAAGAGAACCCUUGUACUGCCCCUCAUCUAACUGCUAAUAACUUCGGAUCAGAACCUAAUUACACUGCAUCUCCUCAACAGGCAAGAUGCCCUAACACAUGGUCUAAUAACCCACCGUGUACCAAACUCUCUUCACCCCACACCUAUGGUGGAAUUCCUGGAUGCACUGGCUGCCUCCUAGCAAGUCAACAGUUCCCACCACCCUCCACGAACGGUCCUAAUAUGAACGGUGAUUCUGCAGCUGCAGGAUAUCCUAUUCUCUGUAAAUCUGUCCCUCAGUGGCAAUCUGGGCCCGGUUUUAAAGCUCCUGGCUACCAUAUUGGUCAACAAAUAUCUCCAAAUGUUGGGUACAUUAAUCAGCCAUGGAGUGAUAGCCCAGGUAGAUUACAUUAUCUAAAUAGUCCCCAGAGCCCCUACAAUAAUAUCCCUGCACAGCAACUUGUACAACCUGGAGCGAGCAUGUCAGGUGGACUACAAAUACCUUUAAAUAGCUCCGAAACCACGACUACACCCAAAAAUGUGUACAGUAAUCCUCCGGAUAGGACAACUGCUGCUGCUCGAGAAUGGAGACAUCUGCCCUCUGAUUACCACAAUAUUCCCCAACACAUUUCUUACAUUAGACCUUCCCAUCAGAACUAUGUCACUCGUCUUGCUAAUUCUCCCUCUGCAGAUAAUCAAGGAAUCUUAAAUAAUACGGCACUAACCGUUCCACCUGCCUUAAGUAACCAGAACCUCUGCAACCAAGUCCCAGAAACGCACUCUUCAACACUCCCUGAUAACCAGGCUCCAGUACCGCAACCUCACGAGCAGUCUCCAGGUUCUAACAUCAACCUCCAGUCCUCACAACGUCCCUACUGCAACAUGUGCAGUCCACUACCUCAAACCAUCCCCCUUCGUAUCUACAACAAAAUACCAGAUCCUCACCUCACACUCACAGCACCAGUGGAGCCAGGACCUGGUUUAACUGAUAAACGCUGUGACUCCGCCACAACUCUUUGUCCUCUGGAGAAUAUCCUACCUGACAACUACAAAAGUUUCCCUCUUAAACAGAUUUUCAGACCUGACGGGAUUCUGAUAAGUGGUAUUUGGCAUGAAGUGCAGGGUUCCACUUUCAAACGUAGAAACAAUCCCAUGAAGUACACCGUCAAAGUUAACAGUGAAAGAGUCAAGAUUCCUGAGGAGAGUAUUGCCACAAUUUCUGAGAUCUGA